AUGACGACGAACGCGCCGGCAAAAGCAGACUCGCGCGCGAAAAAACAAGGAAAGAGUCCAAUCAAAGUGAUCAUCGACACCGACCCGGGGAUUGACGACGCGUUUGCGGUGUUGAUGUCCUUAUCGUGCGCGCCGGAGUUACGAGUGCUCGCGUUGACGUCGUCGUUCGGGAACGUAAGAACGGAAAAAGCGACGGAGAAUUGCAAAAAGUUGUUGAGGAUAUAUAAGUCGUCCGGGUCGCGAAAAGGAAGCGAGGAUGAGAAGGGAGACGAGGAUGACGUCGUGUACGUCGCGGAAGGGUCGAAGAAAGCAUUGAAUGGGAAACAGAAGGAACACAUCGCGGAUUUUGUGCACGGGAAAGAUGGGUUCGGGGAUUUCGAGAAGGAUAAGGAGGACCUUUUGGAGGCGAAGGAGGAUGUGGAGGUGUACCCGGGAGGCAGCGCGAAAUUAAUGUACGACUUGGCGAAAACGUAUCCCGGAGAAGUGACGAUCAUAUGUUUAGCCACGGCGACGAACGUGGUGAACGCGUUUCGAGAAUACGAGGAUUUGCCGAAAAUGUUGCGUUCGGUGGUGCACCUAGGGGGCGCGUAUACGGUGAGCGGGAACGUCAAUCCGGCGGCGGAGGCGAACGUGUACGCCGACGCGGAGGCGGCGGAUGAGUUGUACGGGACGCACGGAGUGGAUAUUUAUGCGGUUGGAUUGGAUGUGACGAUGAACGUGAGGAUGACGGAAGAGAAUUUGAUCAAAAUGAGAGACACGAAGUACGUGAAAGGUCGGGAGACGUUGACGGAUGAAGAGAGACAGUUUUUGUUCAACUCCAGUCAAUUUUAUAUGAAUUAUCACAUCAAAUCGUUGAAUUUCAGAGGCGUGUUGCAACACGACAGCGUGUGCGUGAUGACGGUGAUACACCCGGAGAUGUUCGAGUGGACGAGGGCGAGAGUAAGAGUGGCGACGGAAUCGUUCGCGAGAGGGAUGGUGAUUAUGGACAAAGAAGGCGAAAAGAAUUGGUCGUUUGAAAACGCGUGGACGGAAAGACCGCUGAUGAACGUGGCAUUGACGGCAGAUUUUGAGGCCAUUGAGAAGGCUCUCAUGGAAAGAUUCAUUUAG